UUCAAACUGAGUGGUUCAUCGUUCCGACAUAGACGAGCUUCGGUGGCACUCUUUGCUCUGACGCGGCUCUCUGGCUGGUUGACUGUCAGGGAAGAAAGCUCGCAUCGUCUCUUGGAUGGAAUGUCUCCGUAGCUGAAAGCUCUCAGACCGAAUGACAGGAGAUGAGACACUGCGGCCGUAGACCACACCAUGAGUAUCCAGAGCCUGGGAGGAGCUAUAGGGGAGUCCUUGGGCUCUAGCCUGACGGUGCGUAUGAGCGGAGCAGGUGGCGGGUGGAGCUCUCUCUCCCUAAAGCCUGUUUCCUCUGGGCGCAUUGCCUCUCUGUUCCAGACCAUGGUACCCACUGGGUAUACCAAGCUACAGGAGGAGCGGCUAUCCAUGGUGGACCUCGGAGCCAAACCAGAGGCCGGCUCGCUCCAGAAUGGCUACAGACAAGAGACGACGCACAUAGAAGGCCGGCGGCUCCUGGACCGGGCCUCUCGGUCCUCUGUGACUUUAUCGGACUGUGGAGACGGAGGCUACUCUGAAACUGAGCCCAUGCUGGCUGAGAGGAGGCUCUCCGGGGAGGAGGCAGACGCGGAGGAGGAGGAGGAGGAUGAGGAGGAAGGGCUGGGAUCGGAUGUGCAGAACAUGCCCAAAGAGUCACCACUGGCCAUGGCGCUACAGAUCUUGUUGCCUUUCCUGCUAGCAGGAUUUGGAACUGUAUCAGCUGGAAUGGUGCUGGAUAUUGUGCAGCACUGGGAGGCAUUCCAGUACAUCACAGAGAUCUUCAUCCUGGUUCCUGCUCUGCUCGGCCUCAAGGGAAACCUGGAGAUGACUCUGGCCUCAAGGCUGUCAACGGCGGUGAAUGUGGGCAAGAUGGAUUCUCCCAUCGAGAAGUGGAAUCUAAUCAUAGGCAACCUGGCACUGAAGCAGGUUCAGGCCACUGUGGUGGGUUUCCUGGCUGCCGUAGCAGCCGUGGUCCUCGGUUGGAUACCGGAGGGGAAGUUCCAGAUGAGCCAUGCUGUGCUGCUCUGCUCUAGCAGUGUGGCCACGGCCUUCAUAGCAUCCCUGCUGCAGGGUAUCAUCAUGGUGGGUGUAAUUGUGGGUUCGAAGAAGACGGGCAUCAACCCAGACAACGUGGCCACACCCAUUGCCGCCAGUUUUGGUGACCUCAUAACCUUGGCGAUCCUGGCCUGGAUAAGUCAGGGCCUCUACAAGUGCCUGGAUUCCUACCCGUAUGUGUCGUCAGUGGUUUGCGCCUUCUUCAUGUGUCUGACUCCUCUGUGGAUCGUCAUCUCCUCCAAGCACCCAGCCAGCCGCACCCUGCUCUACUCCGGAUGGGAGCCAGUCAUCACUGCCAUGGUCAUCAGCAGCAUCGGAGGGCUCAUCCUGGACAAAACAGUGUCUGACCCAAAUCUGGCUGGCAUCGUAGUGUACACCCCGGUUAUCAACGGAAUCGGGGGAAACCUGGUGGCUAUUCAGUCCAGCAGGAUCUCCACUCACCUGCACUUCCACUGUGCCCCUGGGGAGGUUCCUGAAGAGGCCAAGGGCUGCUACUACCCCUGCCGUACAUUCUUUGGCACAGGAGCCAAUCAUCGCUCUGCUCAGGUGCUCCUCCUUUUGGUGAUCCCUGGUCACCUGAUCUUCCUCUACACCAUCCACCUGAUGAAGAGUGGACACACCACCCUGACACCCAUCUUUAUGUCCGUCUACCUGGCUGCCGCUAUGCUGCAGGUGCUGCUAUUGUUGUGUAUAUCAGACUGGAUGGUGCACUCCAUGUGGCGGAGCGGCAAAGAUCCCGACAGUUUUUCCAUCCCUUACCUGACAGCUCUGGGUGACCUGUUGGGUACCGCCCUGCUGGCGCUCAGCUUCCACUUCCUGUGGGUCAUAGGAGACCAGGACAGCGACGUGGGCGACUGAGGCGGCCUUUGACAAUAAGGCGACGGUCGGCAACGGGAAUCCUGCCGUCUGCCAUCUGACUUCUGACUUCUCACGCCCUUUAAGCCUUGUGGGAAUGUGGGUGCUCUCUGCUGCCAGCCAGCACAUUCCUCUGCUUCACUUCAUUUAAACCACAUGAUGGUUAGAAAACUAUUUUCUGCUCCUGGCUUUUUUUUUUUUGGUCCACACACAAAAGACAUUAUAUUCCAUAAAUCUAGACUGUUCUUAGUACAGUACAGCACCAAAGCACUUGCAUAUCAUAUUGCUGGUCUUGUUAAGGAGGAGCAGGAAAACCACCCACAACGCUGAGGAAACCUCGCUGCUGUUAGCAAGGUUGUCUACUCUCAGUCAGAGGACUUCUCCUCACCAAACAAAAGUCUCUUUGGCACGUAGAUAUUUUGGGGAUUUACCACCCACCGUGUCACAAAAUUUGUUACUUGCCUUGUUUGUUAACAAUUUGCAUCGUUGAGUCAGUGGAGGGAUACAGAGACGGCUGGGAGUGUGGAGGCACACUUUGAACUGCCAUGUUAGCAGGUCUACCAGCAGCAGACCACUACUUAAAAGGGAGUAACAUGAAUUUGUAUCGAUGGUACGAGAAUUCAACAUUCCUUUCUGUCUACCUGUUGGUUUUUUGGUGUUUCCCCCAGUGUGCACAGUUGGUAUGUGCUUUAUCUGUACGCUACAGUUAUACUUUUCCUAUUUCAGUGUUUUGAGUUACCCCACAAUGUUGUCUGCGAGGAUACAGGCUGGAACAUCCUUCCUGGCUGCACGUAAGCGAACAUGCAUACAUUUUGACUUUUUUUUUUUUUUUGGAUCAGGCGUUCCCCAACCUUUUUGGCUCUGGAGACCAACAAGUAAAUCAAGUCCAGUCUCUGUGUGAAUUGAGACGAGUCAAAUGAUUUCAUGCCAACAAUUUACUGAAUGACAACAUUUAAAAAAUGUCAAAAUAAUGAACAGCCAGACAGCCAAGUACCAUGGUACCACAUUGUGGCCCAGUUGUUGAGUACUGAGCCUUUACUAGAACCCCAUUCCGCGAAGAGCAACUGUCCAAUCAUAGCUUAGCAACUAUAACUAGGCACGACAGGUACAGCAGGCUUUGGAUUCCUACACAUGUUGAAGCAGUGUGCAUCUGGCUGUAGCUUGGAGCCAUAGUUUGGAUGAGGGUGUCUUCUUCCAAAUCCACAAAAGUGUGUUUAUCUGCUCUAAUGUGAGAAGAAGAAGAAGAAGAACAAGUUAUACUUUAUUAAUCCCCAAGGGGAAAUUGUUAAGAAAUAGUAAGCUGCUAUUGUUAGCUAAGCAGCCAAACAGGCUUAUGUUGGAAUGAUCUAUCUUUUUUCUUUACUAUCUACACUAACAAUACUGUUUCUUUAUUUAGUGUUACAUGUCUUUUACAUGGAUCAUUAACUAGUAGGGUUGAUGACUUAUUGACAGGGACAGGCAGCUUCAGCCUCAGUCUUUUAGCAUUAUAAUUAGCCAGUUGCGUAUUUAAGAAUCCAUGUAAUAUUCAUAGGUAUGUUUUCAUUAGUGUAUAAUCACCUGAAAAUAGGAAUCGUUGUAUUUUUGUUACCUUAGAAUGAGCUGUUUAUAUUUACAGAGUCCUCUUCUACGGAGGCCACUAUGUUUCUACAGUAGCCCAGAAUGGACAAACAAAGACCUGGCACCUGGCACCCGGCACUCAAUCGUCCCAUGAAUAUAACGUUAGCUUAAUUAGCUAGCUACAGCUCAGAGAUGCAUUAUUAUGAAUUCCAAUACUUUUCUUGGCAAGACACGUGUAGCGCUAUGAUUGGACAGUCGCCCAUGACUUUUACUUUUCUUGCAGCCAUUGAUCUUUCAGCCUUAGCCUCCUGUUACAUUCUAUAAAAUCGAACAGCUCUUCUCUGACAUGUGAAACAAACCAUGGAAGCCUUUGUAUUUUACCUCAGCCUGCGUUCCCCCACCCAUUUCCUCUGUUUGUUUGUCCUGUCUGUUCUCCUCGCAGGGUGUCCGGCUGUCGGGGGUUCUGCGGUGGGAUGUGUGCAUGCUAAUCACAUACUGUCUACAGUGCAUGUGUGCAGUAGUAUCAACACGCAUGCACGCAAAAUAAUCAGCAGUUUUCAGCAUUAACUGAUUUUCUACUCAUGUCAGGCUAAUUUCAUAAUCACUGUAAACAUAACCUGAGUGAAUGCCAGAUUUUUGCUCAAUGUCAUUCACUUUUUUAGAGUAUGCCGUGUGUUCAAAAGGUUAGAGGACAUUGAUCCAGAUGAAGCACCCCAAUUAUUAUUUAAAAGAAUCCCUCUGGCUCCAGGAGAAAAUGAUCUUACUUAAAAAUAAACUCCCAAAUCAAACCACCGCUUAAAUCUGAUCAUUCAGAAGCAUAUUGUGUGCACGUGGCCAGUGGAUCUCUUCAACUCCCAACAUGUGCCUCUCGAGAUUCACUGGUUAACAAGGUAUUUUUCUCUCUCAUGACAUGAAUGCAGUUUUCUUUCUAUGGCAUUUUAAUACUGUGCAAUGAUUUCUUUUUGUACUCAUUUCCAGUUCUAGGACAAGGACUAUUGUAUUUUUUGAAGUGUUUUAUUCCAAAAUGAGAUAUCCGCCAUUUUAAUCACUGGCAUGAAACCACAUACAGAUAUCGAAGCUGUCAGAGUCUAGUGGCUGACAUAAAUUUUGGAAAUAUUUCCUUUUGGGAUGAAACCCUGUUUUUGCUUUCGUGGCUGACACGGGCCAAAAAAUGUCUAAAUAAAUGUCUUUCAGUUGAAAA